UGAAGGAAAAUUUUGCUCAUAUCGUGUUACUCUGUCGUCUGGCGAAGUGUUCAACAAAAUUGGAGUACCUCGUCGACGAAUUUAAACUUCAAAAUGAAAUCCAACCGAGUGAUACGUGAAGUUGUAAAAUGCGCUUGUGCUAAACGUGAAUUUAAUACUUUGGCUGUGGCACCUCAUAGAUUAAGACGCCCUUUAUCAACGUCGCCUCAAACGAAGCCUAAACCUGUCGAAGAAGUGCAGAAAACCAGUUUGUAUGAUUUGCACGUGAAUCGAAAUGGAAAAAUGGUCAAUUUCGCUGGAUUCUAUUUACCCAUUCAGUAUGAAGAUGCCAGUAUAAGUGCUUCUCAUUUGCAUACGAGAACCAAUUGCUCUAUUUUCGACGUCUCUCACAUGCUGCAGAGCUACGUUCGAGGCAAACAUGCUGUGGAAUUUAUCGAAUCUUUAUGUGUGACCGAUGUUGCUAACAUGAAACCAGGCCGAAGUGCCCUCAGUUUAUACAUUAACGAUGCCAACGGUGGUAUUAUCGACGACCUUAUCGUGACCAAAAUCUCAGACGACACUUUAUACAUCGUAUCCAAUGCUUCCAGAACAACCGUCGACAAAGAAUUACUGCUCGAUAGACUGCAAUGGUUCAAAUCAAAUGGCAAAGAUGUCCACGUCGAAUUCCUAGAUUCAUCGGAACAAUCCUUGAUCGCCGUCCAAGGACCUAAGACUGCGAGCAUUUUACAACCCUACGUAGAUGUUGAUAUGGAAAAUCUGUAUUUUAUGACGAGCACUGUAGCCAAUAUAUCAGGAGUAGAAAAUUGUCGCAUUACCAGGUGUGGAUACACUGGUGAAGAUGGUGUGGAGAUAUCUGUCCCUUCCAAACAUGCGGAGGAAAUUGUAAAUACGCUGUUGCAAAAUGAACUUGUCAAAUUGGCCGGAUUAGGAGCUAGAGAUACUCUUAGGCUUGAGGCUGGAUUAUGUUUGCAUGGAAACGAUAUCGAUGAAACGACCACUCCCGUUGAAGCAGGACUCACUUGGACUAUCGGUAAAAGACGAAAAACAGAUCUCGAUUUCCCUGGUAACUCGAUAAUAAUGCAUCAAAUUCGAAAUGGAACUUAUAAAAAACGUAUCGGUCUGAUCAAAGUUGGAGGUGCUCCGGCUCGUCAAGGUUCCAAGAUAAUCGGAUUCGACGACGAAGUAGUAGGAUUAGUUACCAGCGGCUGCCCAGCUCCAUCUUUGGGUAUUAAUGUAGCCAUGGGAUAUGUUCAAACAGCCUAUGCUAAAUCAAAAACCGAUAUAAGAGUGAAUAUUCGAGAUAAUUUGCACAACGCUACUGUUUCUAAGAUGCCUUUUGUCGAGGCUAAAUAUUUCACGAAACCUAAAACACCUAAAUAAUUUUUUAUGUAAGAGUUCCUUCGUGUUUAUUUUUUUAUGUAAUGAUGAUUAUAAGUCAAUUAGUUUUUAAUAAAUCAAUUUUUAUAUGAAAGAA